UUCAUGCUGGCAAGGAUGUGAAAUAAAAGGACCACUCAUUCACUGCUGGUGGGAAUGCAAAUUUGUACACCUACUAAGGAAAUCAAUAUGGAAGCUCCUUGGAAAGUUGAGGAUCAAUAUAUCUCAAGAUCCAGAUAUUCUAUUGUUGGGCAUAUACCAAAAGGGAGCUUCAUCCUACCACAAGGAUAUUUGUUCAACCAUGCUCCUUGCUACUCUAUUCAUAAUAGAACUGCCAAAUACCGGAAAUAACCUAGAUGUCCCUCAAUAGAACAAUAUCUAAAGAAAAUGCGAUACAUUUACACAGUGGAGUACUACUCAGUUGUUUUUUAAAAAAAUGAUAUUAUGGACGGAGCGGGGGCGACGUGCAGGAGGCAGGAGAAGGAGCCGGCGGCCAGCACCGGUGUCAUGUCGCGCCAGGCGAAGGAUGAAUUCCUGCGACACUACACAGUCUCGGACCCAAGAACCCACCCCAAGGGUUACACAGAGUACAAAGUAACCGCUCAGUUCAUCUCAAAGAAGGACCCAGAGGAUAUCAAAGAGGUAGUGGUCUGGAAGCGAUACAGUGACUUCCGUAAGCUCCAUGGGGACUUAGCCUACACUCACCGCAACCUCUUCCGUCGCCUGGAGGAGUUUCCGGCAUUCCCACGUGCCCAGGUGUUUGGUCGGUUUGAAGCCUCAGUGAUCAAGGAACGGCGCAAGGGUGCAGAGGACUUGCUGCGCUUCACAGUGCCCAUCCCUGCGCUCAACAACAGCCCCCAGCUCAAGGAGUUUUUCCGGGGCGGGGAGGUGACACGGCCCUCUGAGGUGUCCAGGGACCUGCAAAUCUUGCCACCCCCUCUCAUCCCCACACCACCUCCUGAUGAGGCCCGGCUACUCCAGCCACUGCCUGCGGAAAGGAGGGGCCAGGAGGAGUUGGAGGUGCCAGUGGAUCCCCUCCCGUCCAGCCCUGCACAGGAGGCCUUAGACCUUCUCUUCAGCUGUGACAGCACCGAGGAAGCGUCUGGCUCCCCGGCUCGAGGCCCCCUCUCAGAGGCUGAACUUGCCCUUUUCGACCCUUACUCCAAAGAGGAAAGUACAGGCCCCAGCCCUACCCACACAGGUGAGCUGGCAGCCAUAGAGGUACAGUCCAAAAGGCUGGACCAGGAACCCUGGGAGCCAGGAGGACAGGAGGAGGAAGAGCCUGAGGAUGAAGAACCUGCCCCAGCUUACCUGGGCCAGGUCACAGAGCUCAUCACUCAAGCCCUGCGGAAUGAAAAGGCUGGGGCCUAUGCUGCUGCUCUCCAAGGCUACCAAGAUGGGGUGCACAUCCUGCUUCAGGGCGUCUCAGGCGACCCAUCCCCUGCCCAUAGGGAAGGUGUGAAGAAGAAGGCAGCUGAGUACCUGAAGCGGGCAGAGACCCUUCGUGCGCACUUGCCCUGAGAGGAUAGACCCUGGGAUGUCAGCUCCAGCACUGCCAGCCUCCUCCACGCCUUUCCUUGGGACCUGGCCUUGUUUCCUGCUCUUAUGACUACCAGGGGCCAUAUCUGUAUUAACUGGAUCAAGUAUAAGAAAAGCAAAGACUUCUCAGCUCUGACCUGCCUGCCUCCUUGGAAUCAGACUUGAACUUCUGGUCCUACCUAUCUGUUUUAUGCGAGCGGUAUCUGGGCCACUAAUCUGUCAGUUCACCCAUCUAGAGCCAAAGUCUGUAGCCAGACCUGGCCCACUACCUUUUUUGUAAGACCCUUGAGAGCCUGCCUUUCUUUCUUCCUUUCUUUCCUUCUUUCUUUCUUCCUUUCUUCUCAUUCUUUUUCUUUCUCCUCUCUUUUUCUUUCUUUUUCCUCUCUCUUUUCUUUCUUUCUCCCCUCUCUCUCUUUUUUUUUUAUGGUUGGAAGGAAAAGGAUUGACUAGUAAAAAUUUCAUAAAAUUUAAAAAAAAAAUGAUAUUAUGAAAUUUGCAGGCAAAUGGAUGUAACUAGGAAAAAUCUUCCCGAGUGAGGUAACCCGGACCCAGAAAGAUAAAUGUGGUAUGUACUCUUUGUAGGUAGAUAUUACCCAUUAAAUAAAUGAUAACUAACCUACAAUCUGGAUACCCAGAUAGGUUAGGUAUAGAGGAAAGGAUUAUGGAGACACAUGAAUCUUCAUUGGAGGAGGAACUAUAAUAGAUUUUAUGGAUGGACUUGGGGCAGUUGGGGAUGAAAAUGGGAGAAUCAGGUGUGGAAGGAAGGGAAAGACAGUGUUGGGGGAGGGAUUAGAGUGCAAAUCAUCUAGACUUGAGGGCCUUUUGAGGGGUAGUAUAGAAACUUAGCACAGUGGAAACUUUUUAAAGCACAUAAAGGUGAUCCAAAUGAAGUCUCUAAAUAAUGAGGAAGACUGAGUCCCAUCUGGCCAUCUCUUGUCACCAAAGAAGCUUCGUUACUUGUACUGUGUCACAUCCAAUUUAAGUUGUUAGUCAAAGGGCCCCAUGGAAAUCACCCAAAACCCCAGGCUACAACCAAAGCAACAGGUUACUCCCCAUCAACUGACAGCAAGGUCCAACUGCUGAAGAGACUGCCUACACAUCUCACUGAACAUGGAGAAGGUAGCUGGUGCCUACAUAGAACCCUCAUCCCCGUGUUCUGGGGUCUUUGGUAUGGAAGGUACUCUGCAGGAUACCCAGAGAGAAACACAAACACUUGUGCAGCCAUGAAACCUUCGAUCUACAAUCUGUCUUGCCGGCAAAAUAGAUCUGCUAGGGCAUGCACUAAACUUGUGGGAUUAAUAAACCAAUGUUUGAUUUGACUAAGGCCCACUAUACAAAAUGGACUCCAUACCAGCACUGCUUG